AUGGUCGUCACACUAUCCCAUGCCGGUUACAUCAAACGGCUACCUAUGGAUACUUAUCGUAAACAGCACCGCGGAGGAGUCGGAAUUAAAGGGGCUGCGACAAAAGAUGGCGACUUUCUGGAACAUAUCUUCGUUGCUACCGCGCAUCAAAAUAUUUUGUUUUUCACAGAUUUGGGCAAAUGCUAUACGUUAAAAGUCCAUCAAAUCCCUGAAGCGCGUCGCCAAUCAACCGGACGUGCGGUUGUUAAUCUACUCCGAUUAGCGCAAAACGAAAACAUUACUGCUUAUGUUACGGCAUAUCUAAAAGUAGGCAGUCAGAGAACUGAGGGAGCUGAUGCUGGCGAAGUUACGGCGAAUAAGUUUGUCUUCAUGGCGACGCAGCAAGGCGUUGUCAAAAAGACAGAACUUGCCAGAUUUGAGAACACACUGUCAAACGGGAUCAUUGCUGUUAAUCUUGAUGAUGGCGACAAACUUAUUGGUGCGCAAGUAACAGAAGGCACUUCCGAUGUCAUCCUUGUUACUCACAAAGGGACUGCCAUUCGGUUCAAGGAGAAAGAUGUCAGAUGCCUUGGACGCAAUACGCGCGGGGUGCGUGGCAUAGAACUUGGUGCUAAGGACUUUGUAACACAAAUGGUUAUUGUUAACGGCGAGGGGACUGAGCGGAAGAAACUGGGCAAGCGCACGGCUGUCACUGCUUAUCGCUCCCAAAAACGCGGUGGGAAAGGUAUCAUCGCCAUCGGAAAGUCAACUCGGAACGGUGCGGUUGUCGCUGCAAAACGCGUUGCAGAUAUUGAUGAACUCGUUCUCAUUAGUUCAAGCGGGUAUGUCACCCGAACAGCUGUCGGUGACAUUCGGCGUAUCGGACGCAAUACCCAAGGACGCGGUUUGCACGCCCAAACAGAUGUACCCGCUGAUGAGACACCUGAGUUAGUACCGCUCACCAAUGCUGACACAGCGUUGAACGCCGACAUGGUACGCGCAGCAAAUAUCUAUGCAAAACUGAUGUGGGCUGCCUAUUGCAGAACCGGCGAACGCAACAUUCGUAAAAGCAAAGUCGCCUACGAUUCCUUAAUUGAGGAAUUGGAGCUUGACGGUGAAUCCGUUGAAGACAAAGUCUUAUCCGCACACGGUGCCAGUUUCAUCUAUACAGAACGUGCUGCGCUUCGAUUUCCAAGAUUGAUGGAUCUUAACGGUGCUGAGGAAGAUGCGAGAAAAGCCAUUCAACUUAACCCCGGAAAUGUAGAUGCGAAAUGGAUCCUUGCCAAAAUACUAAAAGAACGGUACAUUUCUUCUGUAGAUCAAAACGGACGUGGAAACCCGAAGACCAAGGCAUUAGAAGAGGAGAUGCUUUCAGUCGGGCAACACAUUAUUGAAUUGGAUCCUGACCAUAGUGACGCACAUUACUAUCUUGGUAACAUCGCUCGCUAUCUCGGCAAAAUUGAACUUGCAAUUACGUCUUUCAAAGCACUUACUCGCAUUCUGCCGUUUAGAGCUGAAUACCAUUGGGAGCUCGGAGAACUCUAUGAAAUUCAAAACCGUCUUGAGGAAGCUUUGCAGUCCUAUGAGAGGGUCAUAACCAUCCGUCCAGAACAAAUAAGUGUGUGGAACCGCCUCGGCCAACUUUCCCUUCAGACUGGUGACGAUUCAGCAGCAAUGCGCUCCUUUCUCACCGUUUUGGAAUCGCUUGAAAGUGGUGCUGUACCCCGCUCAUCUCGUAACCUUGGUUGGACAGAAAUUGAGGCACAUAGUGGUGUCAGUCUUGCUUAUCAGGCACAAGGCAAUUUUGAAAAAGCUGAACAUCACAUCACAAGCGCAAUUGCCUUAUUAGAAGAACGUGCGCUUUCAAUGCGAAGUGGGGCUCGUACCAGCCGCGCGAGAAGUACGGAACGUAUUCAAUUGGCUGUUCGUAUCAGAGAUGCCCGUUACACGCUUGCACAGAUUUAUCUUAGAUUCAACGCUCCACAGAAAGCCGUACAAACCUUUGCGAAGAUUUUGACCGUUGAUGCCAACUAUGCCCCCGCGCUCACAGGUAUUGGGAUAGCUUAUCAAAUGUUGGACGACGUGACGCGUGCAGAAAACUACUUGCGUAAGGCAAUAGAACUGCCCUCUCAGGACGAAUUACCUGAUGCCUACAAUGCAUUAGGUUAUCUCUAUGCAGAGCAGGGCAUUAAAUUAGAUGAAGCAGCAGCACUUGUUCGCCGCGCGCUCAAGAGCGCACCGACAUCGGGUGCCUAUCUGGAUAGUUUAGGGGUUAUCUACUUUAAACAAGGGAAGUUGGAUGCUGCUAUAGAAAAGUUUGGAGCAGGCAGUCCGUUACCUACCCGAUACCCCUGA